AUGCCUGUUAAACGACCAUCUAGUCGUUUUAUACCCACAAAUACACGAAAAACACUUACAGAACCAACAAUAAUACCACCUGUGAUAAAACACUGUACAUUUCCUGCUGUACCAAAACUGUCGAGUUUAUCGUUUCUUUCACUCAGUCUGAUAAUCUGUUUAACGUCUACGCUAACUCAGUAUAUUAAUCUAUAUAAAACGGUAUGGUGGUUACCGAAUUCAUCAAUUCAAUAUGCUAUAGAAUUUGAUCUUAUCGAUUAUUAUGUGAUAGCGCAUAUUCUGUUUAUGCUGUGUACGCCAUAUCUUUAUUUGAUAUUUAUUAAGAUUAUUCCAUCAUUUAUACUGAAUUCAUUUAUCAUACGUUCAAUAUUGGGUUUAGUUAUUUUCACUUUUUGGAGUUAUAUUAUGCUAUGGAUUGUUAGUAGUAUAGAAUAUUCUGGAGUUAUGAUUUUAUACAAUAUAUCUGGAAUAAUUCUACUGACAUAUUUUCCUGUGAUAACAUUUAUCAUCUAUCAUUUUCGGUAUUUGGAGAAAAUGAUUUAUCCUUCCAAUCGAUAUCGACAUCCUCAACAGCAACAACAACAUCAGCAUUACCACCACCACCAACAUCACCAUCAUCAUCAUCACCAGCAGCAGCAACAACAACAACACUACAAUACUACAACUGGUGGUGGUGGUGGUGCCGGUAACAAUAGUAAUUACCAGAAAACUUCAUCUCAUUCCACUUUUGCUCGUUUAAUACAUUUUCUGAAG